CCUCGCACCGACAGCUCUCUGCGAAAACCACGGUGUAACACAAACAGUUCUCGCCUUGCGCCGCCAAGAGAUCCGUCGAAGACCGAAUCCCUUCAUGGCGCCGUUCAAUGCAUGUUUGAACAACUGCGGCUAAAUCCACUUGCCCUUCUCAACCUUGGACUUCUCAGUGCUGCUUAUGCUCACAAUGCGCACGUCUCUUCCGUCGACUCCUGCUCUAUGAAUGCUCUUUGUCGGCUUCCUACGCGGAUAAGGACACCGUCUAUAGCAUUUCAGAUUGCGAUAUGCUUUCCCCAAUAUCCACGGGGUCGCAGUCGGCCCAGAGUGAAGGAGCCUCCACGUCCUCGUCCGUUCUGUCCCCUCCCUCGCCCUUAAGUCCUUCAAGCCCACAAAAGGAGGCCGCGCCGCGCAAGAAGAGAGGAAGGCCCAGGAUGGAUCCCCAGCAGACCAGAGCCGCUCAGCGUCGGGGAAAGGGGUCGCCCGAGGUUCAGUUCCUGACGGCCACUCAUCCCUCGGAGUUCAAGUCUGCCGAAAACAAGAAGACGGUGCGGUCAGGAGCCAUGAAACAUUAUCGGAGUCAAUAUAAAGACCACGGAAAGAAGAAGAAAACCCAAGACGACACGGCAAGCUCAUGUACCCCUGUGGCAGGACCGAAUGUUGAGGGUUGGCCUUCCCGAACCAUGCCAACCGCAGGCCAUUCCGAUCACCAACACCCAUUACCCAGGGCGUGGGCAGGUUGGAGAAAGGAGAUACUCAAUCCAGAAGCGUCCGCCGCCAUGGUCCCACAUACGCCUCGCUCACAACACGUCGUAUCUAGCGUGUCUCCCUCUAUGGCCAUCGUGAAGGAGGUGGAUUACGAAGAGAACGACUCUCACGAACAAGAAAUGAUGCAAAUGUUAGUACACGACCUGCGUAUAAUGACAAUCGGCGAUGGCGUUGAUAGUUUCUGUGUCUUUCCCCAGUUUCGCAGCGCGGAACUGAAUUCAAUGAAUCUCGUUCGCGAAUGUCUCCGAGCAUUUGCAACUCCCGCCACUAUUGCUAGAUGGAAGCCCUUGAUGAUGGUCCAUGAGCAUAUCUUGCUCAGCUCAACUGCCAUCGCGUCUACUUGGAUAGAUAUGCAGACCAGGAUAUCCGGUGACACACGCCGGACUAUGCUCUUGAAGGGCGAGGUGAUUAGCUGGAUCAAUCAGCGCCUUCGAGAUCCCGCUCAGCAAUUUCAAGACUCAACAUUGAUGAUCAUCCUGCAAUUGUUAGUCGGAGAGAUGUGGAGUUGUGACGAGGAAACCUUGCGCAUCCACGAAAAAGGGAUUGCACGACUGAUCAACCAUCGGGGUGGUAUGACCGGCCUCGGUGGGGCUGGAGCCAUGGCCGAAGUGGCAGCUUCAUGCUGCCAGCAUACCGAUAUCAUAUGUGGUGCAUCUCCGCUUCCACUCUUCCAAGAAUGGGAGUCGAUGAUGCCGACGCCGGUGGAAGACAUUGCUGGAAUACCAUGGUCGCCACUGUUCAGCCCCCGCCUGGAGUUCUCUAGUCUCCGUUUGGGCCCGCGCUGCUCCCCAGAGACUUACGAUCUACUAUGUGCCAUGCGAUAUAUUACCGAUCUCUUCAUAGAACAUAUGGAAAAAGACCCUAUUCGCGAAUUAGAAUCCGACGAAGUCGUUGAUAUGACUUCCCCUAACCGACGGCAACAAGAAUACGACACGAAAAUUGAUCCCAUCUACCAACAUUUACUUGACCUUCCAUCGGCUUCCAUACCCGGUCUUUCCACUUCCAACGACUGGGUUUACGAGGCCUGCCGAAUUGCAGCUAUCAUUCAUGCAACGGCUAUCAUACGCCGCGUCCCUUUUCAUGUGGCUGCAGAAGGUUCGGAACGCGGUCGACGCAUGACUGAUGAUCUGUAUGCCGCUCUAGAGCUCUCGAACACGCAAAAUGUCUGGGGCAAUCUCGCGGGGGUGUUGUAUUGGGUAUCUCUCGUUGGCGUUAGUGCUGCGCGCACCCCAAAGGCAGUGGAGCUGUGUCGGCUCCCGGGCAAGCAGGCAGCUCAGCCCCAUGAUGAGGCUUGGGUGCGCAGAUGUUUUGUCAUGUAUGCGACACGGACGAUGCUUAUAUUGAUCUUUCAACAUCCACUACCGGUUGUCCUGUCUCAGCGCAAGAUGUUACGAAUUCAGGAGCUUGUGGGAAGGGGAUACGCCAGCUCCAAGCUUUGAAUGAUACCCAUGAGUUUAGUCGAAUGAUAUCAUAUUUGUGGGCACGACCAAGUCCACUACCACCGAAGCGAGCGGUGAGCUCAAUAUCUGCAUUUUGUGCGUAGGGUGUCCUUUCCUGCCAAGUACGACUGCUCCUGAC